AUGUGGACGUCCAAUAUAUAUGUUGUGCAGCGACAUGGCAAUACAUUUGAUACUUGUCGCUCGCUUCUUGGAAUCCACCAAAUAACUUCUCACCACCGCCGAAUCGAGUAUGUCGCCUCCGACAUUCAAAAAGUCGGCAAGCUGAAUAGGGUUCGAAUUCCCCAGCCUCCGGAAUUCCAAGGCACCAGCCUGCUCACUUCACAGCACGCGGCCCGUUUGACCCCCAAGUUUCGCAAUCCCACGGCAUCUCUCCGGGUCUCACUCAGAUCCCGCUUAUCACUCACCUUGUGCAUUCUCUGCCUUCUCCCGAUGCUCCUUGGGAAGGCUAAGCAGGGUAUUGUUCCUGUGCAGGAUGCCCAACACGAGCGUGAGCAGAUCGCCCCCGUCUCUUCGAGCCAGUCACACUAUUACCGCCCUCCCGCCCGGACACACCAGGAAUGCGCCGUCUAA